GGAAAAAUCCUAAACCAUCCCACUUCACACACAAUAAAAAUAAUAAUAUUAUUAUUUCUCUUCACACAAAAAACCGGAUAAAACACACAACACGCACUCUCUCCACCCCCCUCAUCUUCUUCACACACACACAAAUGAAUAACUGAUUUCAUUGCAGAUAUUUACAGAGCUUCAAAACCUCAUCAAUGGCGAAAUCUCUCAUUUCAUCUCCAUCAACCUUCAUCGGAACACCUUUUCCGUCACUAUCUCGUCGUCACGGACUUAUUUCUCAGAGAACGAAGCUUAUAUCUACCAGAAUCAACUUCAGUUUCAACGGAUUUUCUCCGGUUUCGUCUCUCGACGGUGUUUCGGUUGAUUUUGCUGCCAUCGCUAGCCGCGCUGAGAGUUUUAUGUAUACUUUAGCUGAUGCGGCGGUUGCUGUGGAUGCUGCUGGUACUGGUAGUGCAGAAUCGGCGGUUACGACGGUGCAGAAGUCCGGCGGAUGGUUCGGUUUUAUAUCGGAUGCUAUGGAAGUUGUUUUGAAGGUACUGAAGGAUGGACUCUCUGCAGUUCAUGUGCCAUAUUCCUAUGGAUUUGCAAUUAUAUUACUUACUGUUAUUGUUAAACUUGCAACCUUGCCAUUGACAAAGCAACAGGUUGAGUCCACUCUGGCGAUGCAAAACCUGCAGCCAAAGCUCAAAGCAAUUCAGCAAAGAUAUGCAGGAAAUCAGGAAAGAAUACAACUUGAAACAUCACGGUUAUAUAGACAGGCAGGGGUUAAUCCUUUGGCAGGAUGUUUACCAACUUUGGCCACAAUACCAGUAUGGAUAGGCUUGUAUCAAGCUCUUUCAAAUGUUGCAAAUGAGGGACUUCUGACUGAGGGCUUUUUCUGGAUUCCUUCUUUGGGAGGGCCGACAACCAUUGCUGCUCGGCAAAGUGGAUCAGGAAUCUCUUGGCUCUUUCCAUUUGUGGAUGGUCAUCCACCUCUAGGCUGGCAUGACACAGCAGCCUACCUUGUUCUACCAGUACUUCUUGUUCUUUCUCAAUAUGUAUCAAUGGAAAUCAUGAAGCCACCACAAACUGAUGAUCCGACACAGAAAAACACACUUCUUGUCUUCAAGUUCCUUCCACUCAUGAUUGGAUACUUCUCUUUAUCUGUCCCAUCAGGGUUAUCAAUUUACUGGUUCACAAACAAUGUGCUGAGCACUGCCCAACAGGUAUGGUUAAGGAAAUUAGGAGGUGCAAAGCCUGUUGUAAACGAGAAUGCAAGCGGAAUAAUAAGUGCAGGUCGUGCAAAACGAUCAUCUUCUCAACCGUCUGAGCCUGGUGAUCGGUUUAAGCAGCUAAAAGAUGAAGAGAAGAGAAGAUCAAAUAAGGCGCUGCCUGACCAAGAUGUUCAGGGUUUGGCAUCUACGUCUGAUUCUGAAGAUGAAACCGAUGAAGAAACAAAGUCAACGGAGGUAUUGGAAGAGGCAUAUGCCUCCAGCAACACCAAGCCGGUCCCGGAUUAUUCAGGACCAAGGAGGAGUAAGAGAUCAAAGCGAAAGCGUUCAGUAUGAUACCAGAUACCAGAUACGCAUUUUGAACCCACUAUUUUGUAAAAUAUUUAUUCAGUCAAUAUGUAGCUAUCGUUUUCCACGGGUUGAUUUACAUAGUCUACUGCCAACAAUAUGUUAGGUAGCGUUUGAUGAGCACAGAGAAGGAAUGUGAAUAGAAAAAACAGCCUAAGAUGGGCUGUUUAGGAACCUUUUGCAAGAUGAUAUAAAAGUUGGAAGGGUUGGCUGGUUAGGUAACGGGUCAAAAUGGGUGAUUUGUAGUAUAGGUCGAGUCUAAACGCUUUCUUGACCCGUUUAACAUGUUUUCAUUUUACCUGUCUUUUUCAGUCUAAACCAUAAAUAGGUUUAAAUCGUCAUCUGUAAGUUGAAAAUGGGUUUAUGUUGAAACCUUUCGUUUA